AUGAUAUAUUUAAAAAUUGUUGCAUCUGAAGAAAACACAAUUAAAAAUGAACCUGAAGAUUCCCUGGCAGACGAUUAUGAAAAUGCUUCACUUAGUAUAUCUGAAGACUUUGAGGAUGCAAAAGAUGAUGAAAGUGAUUCCUUCACGCUCAAGAUAGCAGAGGAAGCAAGUCCAUGUGAUGAGAGUUCAAAUCCUGAAAAAUACAAAGACAGUAAUCAAGAAGUUGAACAGAGUGUAGCCGACCCCGUGCCUAGUGAACCCUUAUCAGCCACUGAAUCCCACAUCGCAAGACCUACAGGGAUGCCAGCUUCACAACUGAGGAGGGAGUUACUUCGGCCAAUUCAUCACAAGACUGGCCCGAAGCACAUUCCUCAAUCAGUGCCACAGUCUAUUCCACACCCUGUCAUUGCUCCUAGAGACCCAGAGAGACAUUUAAGAGAACCUCCUCCCUUAAUGAAAAUAGACCCAAAGAUACCUCUGUUGAUUAAUGAAGUUGAGUGUGAGAGACCACCAAAAUACAGCAGAAAGGAUUCCCAAGAGAAUGGUCAUAGCAGCCAUUUGCUGGUGAAGGCCCCGCCUACGUACCACUCUCACACUUCACCGAUUCACUUCAGUUUACAUGUACAUAAUCAGCACUUAGGUUCUGUUAUGGUGAAUGGUGGAGCUCCUAUUUCGGAGAUUCCAUCAAAUUCACAAAAUGAUAGACUUACUGUGUCUGUAAACGAUGGACCUCUUAACCUCAGUGGUCAGAAAAGCUCCCCAGAAAUGGUUGAUGAAAAAGAUAAUCAAACUGACCCUUUCUUGGGCAAGAUAAUAACAAACAGGAAAAAGCGACUGCGAGGGCCUAAAUCAUGGGAGUUCCUCGUACGCCUUCUUAAAGAUCCAACAACUAAUCCAUUCCUAAUUCGUUGGGAGAAUGAGGAAUCUGGUGUCUUCCGUUUAGUCCAGCCCGCAGCCAUAGCACAGCGAUGGGGACGCAGGACAGGCAAACAUGCGAGCGAGUGUCUUAGCUAUGAAAACUUUGCCAGGGGACUUCGGUACCAUUAUGCAACAGGUGCUCUCCAACCAGUGUCAGAACGAAGCUUUGUUUACAGGUUUGGCCCAAAAGCUCUGAAAACCCUUAAACAGUGUGAUUCUGCUUCUUUCCCCUAUUUAUAGGGAACAACUGCAGGAUAAUAAUAAGGGAAAACUUUGUUACACCCUUUUUCAUAAACUGAUCUCCAGUGUUUUUUACUGAUUUGAUAUUGAUGUGAGAAAUAUACUUCUGAUGUUUGUGUAGGUAUGAGCACUUGAAAAUUUAUUUUUUCAAUCAAGUUAUCUCAUAUUUAAAUUCUAAGAAAUAUUAAAGGCAUUACCUUUAGACUAGACAAUACAAAACCUCCUCAUAAUCACUGUGCUUGGAAACAUAAUUGAACUUUUAAAGUAGCUGAUUUUUUUUUUUGGAUUAUCAGAUUCAGUUUAAUACAGAUUUACAGCACAUUUGCUGAGGCAAAUUCGUGUCUGAUUUUCACUUUCAGAUAUUAACAUUAAAAUGACUACUUUCUAAGAGUAUGAAAAAUGUAACGCAAGACGCAAACAGUAUAGAUAUAUACAUAUAUA